AUGAGCGCCUCCCAGCAGCGCCUGGAGGAGGAUUUGGAGAUGAGCAGCACGGGGCUCAUAGACGGGGAGAUACAAAAGGAUAAGGCCAACCCGUCGAAACAGCAAUCUCUGCGCAGCCAAAUCACGGACGGGGCUUGUAUUUUGAUGAAUAUCGCGAGUACGGUGACGCUGGUAUUCUUGAACAACUGGAUAUUCAAGGACCCGCAAUUGAAGCUGAUGCAAAUAUCCUUCGCCAUGUGGCACUUUACUUGCACAACCAUCGUUCUCGGGAUCGCCUCCCGAGCCCCCUUCAACCUCUUCGUGCCAGUGCGCUUGCCCUUCCUCCAGAUGAUCCCCCUCUGCAGCUUCUUCGCCGGCUUUCUCAUCUUGGGCAACCUGAGUUUGGCAUACAACUCCAUCGGUUUCUACCAACUCGCCAAAAUCAUGACCACCCCCUGCGUCGCCAUCCUCCAGUACUUCUUCCUCGGCAAGACCGUCACGGGCCUCACCGUUGCUGCCCUAGCCUCCGUCUGCAUCGGCGUCGGCCUCACCAACACAGGAGCAGCCGACACGACAUCGCUCGGUGCCGCAAUCGCCGUCGCCGCCUUCACCAUCACAGCCUUCUACCAAGUCUGGAUCGGGAAGAAGAUGGCGGACUUCAAAGUCUCGUCACCACAGCUGCUGCUGAACCAGGCCCCGAUCUCAGUGCUGCUGCUGUGCUUCGUCGCGCCCUGGAUAGACACGAUGCCGGAUCUGAAGGCGAUCCCGAGUGAUACGCUGACGGCACUCUUUUUUAGUGGCCUGGCGGCCGCGGCGCUGAACCUGAGCCAGUUCUUGAUCAUCGGGCGGAUGAGCGCGUUGACGUUCAAUGUGGCUUCCAACGUCAAAACAAUCAUCAUCCUCACCUACGGCUGGGUAAGUGAAGGGCGGUUGCUCACAGUGAAAGAUGCGCUGGGUAUCAUGCUCGCGCUCGGCGGCGCUACAUUAUAUAGUCAGCUCUCGCAGCACUGA